AUGAAUGCCUCCCAACUGGCGAUGCCCGCGGCCGCACCGCCGCCCGGCAUGAGGCCCAACUUCAUCAACCCCCCAAACCACAAUGCCGAGUCUGUCGCAUUGAUCAUUGUCUGCCUCACGUUGGCGACUUUCUUCUACAUGGUCAGGAUCUACUCCAAGGUCAUCCUCCCGAGAAAGUUAACAGUUGAAGAUGGAAUUGCCACCAUCGCAUUCGGCUGUUUUAUAGGCAUGAUAUGGGCUGGUCUUUCGCUGUGGAAGACGAUUGGCUUCUUCGUCGACCAGUACAAUGUCAGAUUGAGCCAGCUCUUCGAUACGCUCUACAUCAUGUAUCUAUACCCUCUGUUCUACGGUCUGACCAUGAUGGGUUUCAAGACAGCCAUUUUGCUCGAGUGGAUUCACAUCUUUGUACCGAAGCGCACAAGGAGCUUCUUCUGGUGGACAUGCUGGGUCAUGAUUGUGCUCAACACCCUGUUCUACAUUGGCUGCAUCAUCGCCAUCCAGUUCUACUGCACGCCAAUCGAGAAGAACUGGCACAGAUGGAUCCCCGGCGUCUGCCGCGACCGAAGAACCCUCGACACGCUGCCGACCAUCUUCAACUUGGCCUUCGAUAUCCUGAUCUUGGUCAUGCCCCAGCGAGUGAUCUGGAAGCUGAAAAUGGAUCUCCGCCGGAAGAUUGGUGUCUCCAUUAUUUUCUCCAUGGGACUCAUGGCUUGCGUAUGCGCCGCCUCGCGAAUUGCCUAUACAUGGAGAGUCGACUACACCGGAAACGUCACCCGUGACAUUGGGCCCGUGUACUUCUGGAGUUUGGCAGAGAGCACAUGCGCUGUCAUGGUCUUCUGCGUCCCCGCGCUGCCCAAGGCCUUCUCCGACUCUGCAGCCUUCAAGUUCAUGAAAUCUACGUGGUCCUCCUGGGUCAGCAGCCGCAACCGCACCUCCAAGAAGGGUCUCAACUCAAGCGGCCUGAGCAAGGACAGCCGCCUGCACAACCACUCAAGCUCGAUGCAGUCUCUCAAGAACUACCAGAAGAUGCCUGACACUGAGGUCGCCAUCCCACUCGACGAUGUGCACUACGAACGCAACUACGGCCACCCGUCGCCGCCGGGAAUUGUGCGCACGACCGAGCUCCGGACGGAUGUAUCCCAGCCACGCCGCCACAACGGCCACGGGGAGUGGACGCAAAACUCGCAGCCCUGGUCUGAUCCUGCGCCGCCUCAUCCUCAUGGCAGAGCGUAUUAA